ACCCCAAAAACAAAAUAUAAAAUAGCCCAACGCGAAGGACCUCCGUGCGUACGCAAAUUCCGUGUGUGUUGCAAGGAGUUGAAUUUAAUUUUCUACAUAAACCCAACAAAAAAACAAAUCAAAUAAAAGAAAAAUGAGCAAGUUGCUGACCUCCGCCGAUAUUGAGGAUGGCAAGAUCGAGUACGACAAGGCCACCGGUGCCAGCACCCAGUACAAGCUGAUCGAGGGCGGCUACGAAAUGAUUAUCACAACGCCACAGCCGAAUGGCACGGUGAAGACCCAGACGAAGACCUUCUGGGAUCCGAAGCCCGUCAGCCAGGAGGAUAUGGUGAAGCAGCAGGCGAACAUAAAGAUCAUUAAGCAACGUCUGGGCAAGGAGAUACGCAUCGACAAGAAUACCACCAUGUUGACGCGUGCCAUCGAGGGUGGUUACGAGGAGGUGUACACCACAAUUAACGAGGACGGCACCAAGAGUAUCCGCACCAAAACCAUCUUCGAGCCUGUGGAAGUGAAUGAGAACACCAACACCAACACCACCACAUCCACGAAGACCAACAAGACCAAGAAGAACGUAACUCGCACCUCUUCCGUCGACUCGGUCGACUCUACCGAGUCGCGUAAGCUCGUGCAGAAGAAGAAUGUGGUGCAGAACGUCAACGAUCAGCAGUCGAACUAUCGCCAGGACACGACCAUUCAGGAAACUCGUCGUGUUUCCCAAAAUAUUGAGAUCACGGAGAAUAAUCGCACCGUACGCAAGAACUCGCUCCAGGAGCAGAGCAUUAGGGCUGUUACCCAAAGCACCUCUGAUGCCAACAAGAAGAACAAGAAGAAGGUCAAGUCCUCUGCUCCACCACCGCCCGCUGAUUUCGUGCAGAACGAUACAACCACUGUGGUGUCGAAGCGUGUGCCCGGAGGUCGGGAGUAUACCUACUCGACUGAGCUGGAAUCGGGCAAAACCAUCACCACUUCAAAGACUGUCUACGAGGAGGAGGAAGUAGAGCUGACCGAGGAGGAGCUCAAGCAGUACAAGAAGCUGCUCAAGGAUGCUGAAAAGCAUAAGAACGUGACCACCACCAAGAAGCUGAAGUCGGAAUCCGGCACCAAGAAGAUUGUGCCCUCCGAGAACCCGGGCGAUGUCACCACCGUAGAGACAAUCAAAAUCGAGGGCGGCACCGAGUACCACUACACCACAGUCACUGCUGAGGGCAUUGUGAAGAAGGCCGUCAAGACUGUGUUUGAUCCUGUGCCAAGCGCCAAGGCGAACCCCGACGACACCGACGAGGAGGAGAUCAUUGAAGAGUACGAGGAGGAGAUUAUUGAGCCGGGUGAGAAGAACGUCAAGACCAUUGAGACGGUCCGUCAAUUGCCAAGGAAGUUCGAGGAACAAGUGACCAUUGAAACCCACGAGAAGAAGGAGAAGAAGGUAAAGAAGUCGAUGGUCAUUAGCAGCCAGUAGAGAUCGCACGACGCCCCAGCAACACACACCCUAACACAAUCGACACACACGCACACAUGCAAGCUUUUGUAUUCGCUAAAUUUUUAGAUCGAAAA